GGGCGGCGCGGGCGGCGCGGGUGGCGGCGGUUGGCAGGCGGGUCCUCCGCGGUUUAGGCCGCCGUAGCCACCUCGCCCGGGCUCGGGGCAUCGCGCUAAGAAAGGGCAGGGCGCCCGAGUGAGCCCGGCGGGCUGCAGCCCUCGGCGCGCCUGCGGGGGCUGAGGCGGCUGGCCAGGCCGAGCCUGGGGGGAUGGGCGGCUCCGCCGCGGAGCCUUCUGCCCGGGGCGUUGACACGGUUCCUCGGCUGCCUGGACGCGAUGGCCCCUCCUUCACGGCCUGCACCUCCCGCCCUGCUCCCUAGGUGCCUUCCCUACUCGGCCGCGAGCCCUCCGGUCUCUGCAGCUUGAACUCCUAGCCCUGCUGCUGAGACCCCUCUUCUGUUGCCUGGAGCCCCCUCCCAUGGUGAAAUCCUCGGUCCCUGUCGCUUGAAAUCCCAGCUCUGCUGUGAGCUCCGUCUCUGUUGUGUGGACCUCCAUGGUGAAAUCCCUGGGCACAUCGGCCAUCAGACCUUCAAGUACUUUGUGCCAAAUAAUUACCACUUGCUACAUGAGUCUAAACCAUGGCGGAUGCCAAGUAUGUCCUCUGCAGAUGGGAAAAGCGAUUAUGGCCUGCAAAGGUUUUGACCAGAACUGAGACUUUUGAGACUUCAACAAAAAAUAAGAGAAAAAAUGAAUUCUUUCUAGAUGUUCAAAUACUCUCCCUAGAGGAAAAAAUUAAGGUGAGAAGCACAGAAGUUGAGGUCCUAAAGAAGUCUCAGAUUGAAGCCAUUGCCUCCUCAUUAGUCCUUUCAGCCUCACGGAAUGAGGUACCUGCUGCACCCGUGGAGGAGCUGACCUACAGACGGUCACUUAGAGUGGCCUUGGAUGUUCUGAACGAGAGAACUAGUAUGAGUCAAGAAGGCUGUUCAAGGACAGAAGGAACUGCUCUGUCUCAGAGAGAGAAGCAGCCCACAGAGCCUGAUGCUUCGCUCUAUGAUUCUAGCUUUUCUGGACCUCAGGGGAGGAGGGAGUGUAUACCACAGAGCCCGUCAGCUUUGUCCGCUUGUGAAAAGGACCCCAACUACAAAGUGAACCACAAGAAAGGGCUCAGAAAAAGUGCACAUCCAAGAGGCCCGUCAGUAUCUUCAGCCUUUGGUGGUUCUCAGGAUGGCAGCAGGUCAAGAAUGAAUGGGAAAAAUUGUACUAUUGCAAGUAAGAGGGGAAGAAAUUCAGCACAGAAGUCCAGCUCGUGCCAAAAUGUACCUUCACUUUCAGAAGCAGAUUAUGAAAAAGAGAGUGAGAGAAAGGCAAGCAGCUGUACAACCCUAUUCUUGCCAUCUAGAGUCAGUGGGGAGGAUCCAUGUGCCAGGGCCAGGGAACGGAACCCAUGUUUACCAUUGGGCAGUGUCACUAUGCCCACGGCCCCCGUGCACUUGGCCUGCUCAGAGGCUGGAGAAUGCCCUGUGAAGAGGCCAUGCACCGAACAGGUGGAGACAGGGGCUACGGAGCCUGAGCUGUCCCCCAGACACGGGCCAAGGGAAUGCAUGACUUUGCUUAGUACCACCAGGCUCAGCCCGCCUCCCCUACAAGCUUCCACAGAUGAAAGGAGAAGUCUUCAUCUUUCAGAUUCCAAGAAGCUUGAGGAAGACCUUCAGUCUUCUGAGGAGUCUAUGGAGUUUAAUUCCAUUAAUUCCAUCCUGGACGAAGAUGAGGAUGAUGAGGAGCCGCCAAGAAUCCUUUUAUAUCACGAACCACGUUCGUUUGAAGUAGGAAUGCUAGUCUGGCUUAAAUACCAAAAAUACCCCUUCUGGCCAGCAGUGGUCAAAAGUGUCAGGCGGAGAGAUAAGAAAGCAAGUGUGCUUUUUAUUGAAGGAGACAUGAAUCCCAAGGGGAGGGGGAUUACAGUAUCUCUGAGAAGACUAAAGCACUUUGAUUGUAAAGAGAAACAGACACUUCUGAACAAAGCCAGGGAGGACUUUGACCAGGCCAUCGGCUGGUGCGUGUCCCUCAUCACUGACUACAGGGUCCGCUUAGGUUGUGGGUCUUUUUCUGGCUCUUUCCUGGAGUAUUAUGCUGCUGACAUAAGCUACCCUGUCCGGAAGUCCAUACAGCAGGAUGCACUGGGGACCCGGUUUCCACAGCUAAGCAAGGGGAGCGCUGAAGAGCCAGAGGCAGUAAGUUCUCUGGGGCGGAGGCUGCCCUGCAGGAAGGUACUCCCUGACCGGUCGAGGGCUGCCCGCGACCGAGCAAAUCAGAAGCUGGUGGAGUACAUCGUGAAGGCCAGGGGCACGGAGAGCCACCUGCGGGCCAUCCUGAAGAGCCGGCGGCCAUCACGCUGGCUUGAGACCUUCCUGAGCUCAAGCCAGGCCAUGACUUGUGUGGAGACCUACCUAGAGGAUGAGGAGCAGCUGGACCUGGUGGUGAAGUACCUGCAGGGCUUCUACCAGGAGCUGGGUGGCCCGGUGCUGACACGUGCCCAUGGCGACAGAAUCCGCUUUGUCCUGGAUGUGCUGCUUCCUGAGGCCAUCAUCUGUGCAAUCUCUGCAGUGGAUGCGGUGGACUACAAGACAGCUGAGGAGAAGUACAUAAAGGGACCUUCCCUGAGCUACCGGGAAAAAGAAAUGUUUGAUAACCAGCUCCUAGAAGAAAGGAACCGGCGUCAUCGGUGAGGAAGAGGCUGAUCUGCAGUGGGGCUGCUCACACCAGGCCCUGCAUCAGCAAGAGCCCCAAGGUGGUCUGUUCAGCACAUGGAUAUUUUCUGGAAAACGAGAGCCCUGGGACUUGGCGUUUGUGUUGAAUCUUUCUGGGUUGUCCCGAUUUCUACACUUGUGAAAAGUCAGUUUCAUUUAUGUACUCAAAGUUAGUUUUCUUUUUCCUGGUAUUCUUUGCGAGGUACAAUUCCUGAAAGGUUUUUUAAAAGACAAAAAUACAAUGAUUGUAUGUCCUUGUGGCUUAACACAAAGUGCACAUUUUUUUAAUGUGUUGCAUCUGUACUAAAUGAGAGUUUUUAAAAAGUGUCUGAUAUGAAUACAUAGCUCCAGAAACAACAGUGUGUUUUCUGGUUUUUUCCACUUUGUGUGAUUUCCACUUAACAUAUUUCCUUCAGGGUGGGUGUGGUGGCUCACACCUGUAAUCCUAGAACUCUGGGAGGUGUAGGCAGGAAGAUUGCCUGAGCUCACAGGUUCCAGACUAGCCUAAGCCAGAGUGAGACCUUCUCUCUAAAAAUAGCCAGGCAUUGUGGUGGGCACCUAUAGUCCCAGUUACUUGGGAGCCUGAGGGAAGAGAACCGCUUAAGCCCAAGAGUUUGAGGUUACUGUGAGCUGUGACACCAUGGCACUCUACCGAGGGCAACAAAAUAAGACUCUAUUUCAAAAAAAAAGGCUUGGUGCCUGUAGCUCAAGCAGCUAAGGCACCACAUACACCAGAGCUGGCGGGUUCAAAUCCACUUCAGCCUGCCAAACAACAAUGACAACUACAACCAAAAAAUAGCCAGGCGUUGUGGCAGGCACCUGUAGUCCCAGCUAGUUGGGAGGCUGAGGCAAGAGAAUGGCUUAAGCCUAAGAGUUGGAGGUUGCUGUGAGCAGUAAUGCUAUGGCAACUCUACCCAGGGUGACAACUUGAGGCUCUGUCUCAAAAAAAAAAAAUUUUUUUUUUCCUCCUGUAUUUUUUUGUUUGUUUGUUUUGUUGAGACAGUCUCAAGCUGUCACCCCAGGUAGAGUGCCGUGGCAUCUAGCUCACAGCAACCUCUAACUCUUGGGCUCAAGUGAUCCUCUUGCCUUUGGUUUUCUAUUUUUAGUAGAGACGGGGUCCUGCUGGUCUCAAACCCAUGAGCUCAAGCUAUCCACUCACCUUGGACUCCUAGAAUGCUAGGAUUAUAGGUAUGAGCCACCACGCCCUUCCUCCUGUAUUUUUGAGAAAAAGUCUUUGUUAGAGGCAGAACCAAAGACAAGCUGCUUCCUUGCAUGUUGGUGAUUGCUGUGAUCUCUUAUGCAGGAGAGGGAGGCAGACACAUGCCUUGCCAGCAGCCUUUGUGCCCAGGCUCCAUGUAGAAAGGGAACAGCAGCCAGAUACUGGGUCACCUUGGCCAGACCUGCUCAUGCCUGGCCUCUCUGGGGCUCCCUGCUUCUGUCUCUCCCUGCACUGUGCUGGCACCUAAGCCUUGUUGACUACCUGCACACCUGUGCUGAGAUCCCAGCCUGGUUGCCACCCCAGCCAGGAGGUUGCUGCCCUCAUGGGGGCUGUGAGGUCAUGGUGCAAGAAAACUAGCUGUGUCUUAUGCUGGCACCUGCAGAAAUAAAGCCAUUUGUUUAGUGCCUGACUCAAUCUUCCCACUGGAGGAACAGGCUCUGUGCACUCCUGGCAAGUCAGCCCAGGCACCCAAGAUCAGUGCCAGGGGCCAUCCCUGUUAAAGGCUUUGACUCAGCGAGGAGGGGAGCAGGCCUCAGCACAGUCAUAGUGGUUCUGUUAAAAGUUAAAGCUGCACAGAUGGUGCCUGUGGCUCAAAGGAGUAGGGUGCUGGCCCCAUAUGCCAGAGGUGGCGGGUUCAAACCCAGCCCCGCCCAAAAACAAAAAAAAAAAGUUGCAGAUAGAUCAUAUCCUAAAAUAUUAGUGAAAUUGAUUUUCAGGAUCUGACAUGGGGUAAACUCCACAUCCAGGCCAUGUCCCACCCCGCUGGCAUGGACUUUGGUUCUUCUGGUGACUUUGAGUUUCUCCCACUGUCUGUGGACAUCUGGCCAUGACAGGGGUCCUGAUUUGAAAGGGUCCUGAUGGGAAGAAGACCAUCUUCUCCCAUGUCUUUGCAUUGACAAUAGCCACUGCAGAGGAAACCAGAAUGUGACACCUCAGGAUGCAGAUAGUCACACUGAGACCUUAGUUAGCACUGAGCAGAACAAAGAUACAGGAUAUUCUCAGGGGUCAAACUGCAGGAUAGGCCAGGGUGGCUGCUGCCAUGACAUGGGUCCAAGAAAGUUCCCUGGGUCAUUUUAAUAUUUUGCUCAAGCCUUAGAGCAGAAAAUCCAGACAAAGGCUGGGUCUUGCCCUGCAGUUUUGUCUACUUCUGUACAAAGUGGGCAGGUUGAGCCCAGACGAGGGAGGAUAAUGUGCACCAAGGAGGAAGGACAUAUGUAGCUGGGAGUGUCAACAUGUACUUCAUGGGCACCUGGCCCCUCCAUCCACCCCUGAGGAAGGGAUCUCAUCAGCACAGCUGGUGUGGAUGUUGGUCCCCUUUGUGGGAAAGCGGUUUACCUCAACCCACAGCGGGAAAGGCCCUGCACUUCACAUCCACACUGGCCAAUAACCAGAAAUUGGUGCAUGAGAACAUGUUAUGUCCUCCUGGGUGAGUCGCUCUUCCAGGUCUUGUAGAAACUGAGCCAAUCCACAGGACUAACUCUGGUGCUGCCAAAUAUUUUUAUGUAUCCACUAAGAUUGUGUUGUCCAAUUGCCAAACCUGAAAUUAAACCCUUCUUAGUGCGCUGGCUUGUCUCUCUUUUUUUUUUUUUGAGACAGUCUCACUAUGUAGCCCUCAGUAGAGUACUGUGGCAUCACAGCUCACAGCAGCCUCAAACUCUUGGGCUUAAGUGAUUCUCUUGCCUCAGCCUCCCAAGCAACUGGGACUAUAGGCGCCCGCCACAAUGCCUGGCUGUUUUUGGUUGUAGCUGUUGCUUUUUGGCAGACCCAGGCUGGAUUCGAUGUGGCGGGCAACUUAGCCACUUGAGCUACAGGAGCCGAGCCUUUUUUUGUUUGUUUCUUUUUGAGACAGAGUCUUACUUUGUUGCCCUUGGUAAAGUGCCAUGGCAUCACAGCCCACAGCAACCUGAAACUCUUGAGCUUAAGUGAUUCUCUUGCCUCAGCCUACCAAGUAGCUGGGACUACAGGUGCCCGCCACAAUGCCCAGCUAUUUUUUUGUUGCAGUUAUUAUUAUUUAGCUGGCACGGGCUGCCACCCUCAGUAUAUGUGGCUGGUGCUGUAGCCACUGUACUAUGGGUGCCGAGCCUGGCUUGUCUCUUUAAAUGCCAGAUUUUAUAGGAAAAUCAGCCUCACAGGCCUGGUAGUCCCUGGGCAGGGAGCUGAACCCAGUCUGGAGGUCCACUCAGGGAUAGGCCUGGGAGACUGUUUACAUGGCAGUUGAGCAGAGCAAAUCUCUGACUUGGGGAAAAUUACUAAAGGGAGACAUGCUGAACCCACUGAAAGAGCUGGGCCCUCUCUGCUUGUGCUAUCUUGUGCUUUCUGUGGAUUCUGAGAGUGUUUAAAACUUGUCCUGAGGCUGAGCCCAUGGCUCAGUGGUUAGGCCACUGGCCACAUACACCGGAGCUGGUGGGUUCAAACCGGCCUGGGCCUGCGAAACAACAAUGAUAACUAUAACAACAAAAAAAUAGCCAGGCAUGGCGGGCACCUGUAAUCCCAGCUAUUUGGGAGGCUAAAGCAAGAGAAUUGCUUAAGCCCAAGAGUUUGAGGUUGCUGUGAGCUGUGAUGCCACUGCACUCUACCCAGGGCGACAGCUUGAGGCUAUGUCUCAAAAUAAAUAAAUAAGAUCCACAAGGUUGUCUGCUAAACCUGCUCCUCCAAAGCCAGAGCCCAAGCCUAAAAAGGCCCUGGCAAAGAAGGGAGAGAAGAUCCCUAAAGGGAGCCCCGGCGAAGAAGGGACAGAAGAGCCCUAAAGGGAAAAGCUGACGCUAGCAAGGAAGGGAAUAACCCGGUGGAAAAUAGAGAUGCCAAAACAGACCAGGAACAGAAAGCUAAAGUUGCUGGUGAUACCAAGUGAAGUGUGUCCUUUUUUUUUUUUUUUGAGACAGAGCCUGAAACAGCAACCUCCAACUCUUGGACUCAAGGGAUCCUCUUGCCUCAGUUUUUCUAUUUUAGUAGAGAUGGGGUCUUGCUUUUGCUCCGGCUGGUCUCAUGAGCUCAAGCUGUCCACCCACCUAGGCCUCUCAGAGUGCUAGGAUUACAGGCAUGAGCUACUGAGUCCAGCCCUUUAUCAUCAUCUUAACUCCUUAAACCCAGUCACCUCUUGGGACCUGACCCCCAAUAAUUGGUUACCAGUAUGCCAAGGAAUCUGAACUUUUCCAACAAUACCACUGAGAUGGCAUCCCUCAAAAGAGCAGCAGUUCCAUUUGUAGAUUGUUGGAUCUUCAGAUAAAUUCUGUCAUUUUCAUUUAAUUUCCUGAAAGUCACGGCUGGAUUGUGAAAAGUUGUAAAACAACAUGCUAAAUGUGAAAUGUCAACCCUUCCUCUAAACUUUCCCUGUUAAGAGCAUCAAAUGAAGACUUCAUUGGGUUUUGUAGUGGCUUUCGAAUUUUUGGUAGACCACUGAAGAAGGGAGUUUGAAAGUUGUAUAUUAUAUAAUCACAGAGACUCCUGACAUUUUCCUUACAUUUAAGGGAAGUCACUUUCUAAAAAAAAUAUUCCCCAGCCAGGCAGUGGCUUAUGCCUUAAUUCUAACAUUUUUGGAGGCCAAGGCAGGAGGAUCACUUGGAGCUACCACUACACUGUACCCCAGGCAACAGAGGAAGACCCUAUGGCAAAAAAACAAAACAUUUUUUUUUCAUGACUGAAAAAAAUCUGACUAAUCAGAAUUGUGUUGUUCUAAUUAGAAUCAAUUUACUUGGCCAGCUACUUGCUCAGAGUUUGUUUCUUAGAUGGAAAAAAAUCAGUUAUAUUCAUGCUAUAGCACCUUACAAAUUCAGUAUUUCUUUUUGCUCUAAAGUGGCUUCAUUUGAAAUUUCUCAGAUUCCACAUUGUACUAAUUGAUUUAUGCAUAAUAAAUUACAAAUAAAAAGCUCUUAAAGGGAAAAAAAAAAAGAAA